GAACAGACCAAGCAAGGUAUUUUUUGACAGUCGCAGUUUAGGAAACCUUUUAGUUCAUGAAUGCCAAACAUGUGCUUUUAUUUGCGAAAGAUCAACAUAUAAAUGUGGAAUUAAGGAGAAAUGUAUACUCAAAAAUUGUGAGCGUCUUUGUUCCUUACAAUGAUAAAUUCGACAUAAUCGGGGGCGCAAUUUCAAUUGUAAUUAAAAUCGAUCAGCCAGGAUAUUUUUGUAUCUAGUACCUUUUUUCUUUCACUUCACCUGCCACUUGCACUGUUGGAUUACAGCACGUGAAAAAUUACAGGUACCUGUAUCUGAAAUAUAGACUACAAGCUCAAGAGAUUUUUUUCUACUGCUAAUCAUACUGUCGGAUCUUUAAAAAAGGAUUUUAAAGAUCGCGGCCUUGACGAAAAUUGGAUACAGUUAAGUAUUUAAGGCAGGGAUAAGAAUGUCAUUUACUUCAACAGUGACGUAACUGUUUGUUUGUCCGGAAAUUACCCUUUUUGAACUUUAAUAAAAGCUUCCUAUUAAUCGCCAACAUUUGCAAUCUCUGAUUGAGAAUCAGUGCGAUGGCAUAUUACUUAUACACCCCUCGUACUACUUCGGACGUAAAAUCAUUCAGACUUCGAAUUGAGACAGAAGAUCCACUCUUUAAAGGAAAGAAAAAGCUGAAACUGACCGGACGGGAAUUGGGUGAUAUUCCGAAUGUAAUUUUUCAACUUCAUGAGCUGGAAAUUCUUGAUCUAAGCCCAGAGAGGCAAUCGUGUCUUAAUUUCAAAGUUUUGGCGGUCCCUCGAGGGAUCUCAAAGCUGACCAAUCUUAAUGUUCUGAUCUUGGACACCAACGAAUUGACGGAACUUCCGGAGGAGGUAUGUCAGUUGGUGAACCUUGAAAGUAUGGCUCUCAGUAACAAUAUGUUGGACCAUCUUCCGGCAGGAUUUGACAACUUAAAGAAUUUAAGAAGUCUUCAUAUGGCGAAUAACAAGUUCGUAGAUUUUCCCUUGGAUUUAUGUCAGCUGGAAAAUUUGGAAUUUUUAGACAUGAGUGAUAACAAACUCUCCAUGCUUCCUGUGAGUAUUUCAAAUUUGAAAAACCUCCAUACUUUGUUAUUGUUUUUGAACAAUUUGUCUGUUCUCCCUGACAGUAUCUGUGACAUGACAGAACUCUACUGUCUAUGGAUAGGGAAUAAUAAUGUAAGUCGUCUGCCACAGAACUUUGGAAAUCUGAAAAACCUGGACUGGGAUGAGAGAUACACAUCAUCGGUAUUGGACGGGAAUCCCCUAACAUACCCCCCUCUGGAAAUUUGUCGGCAGGGUAUCAGGGCAAUUGACAAAUUUCUGAGAUCAACAGACCUUAAUGGUGUUCGGAAACUGGUCACCAAUGCCACGUGGGAAAAGUCCGAAGAAGAAUCCGAUUAACUAUAGAGCGCUGCACCCACUUUAUCCAUAUAUACGCAAGUCUGCCAUUAAUCUGAGCAGUUUAUCUUUUCUCACAAUUCUCCGUGCCGCGCCACGGAUUAUCGAAGUUGUUAACACUUUCAAUUAUUUGCCAUGCAUAGAUUGUAUCAAUUUUUAAUCAAUAGCUGUAUUUUCUUUAUGACAAUCACUGUUUACAUAUCAUCAAACGAUUUUUAUAAUGUCUGUUACAUAUUUCUAUCUUUUAUAUACUUUAUAUAUUCUUGUCAGAACUUUCUUUGUUCCUUUAAUAUUUUUUUUUCGUGCAUUAAAAAGAUUAGUUUGCCUGGUUAUUUUACAUA